AUGUAUGAGAUGGCGGAUAUUCGAGGGAUCAUGACUACUCUGAAACGCAUCCAUCGCGAGAUUGCGGACCUGAAGAAGGAAGAUCUCGGUGCCAUCUCACUCGCUCCAUCCUCCGACAGCCUUUUCCAUUGGACUGCCACCAUACCUGGACCAGAGGGAAGCUGCUACGAAGGUGGUGUAUUCAGCGUCGAUAUUCAUCUUGCUCUUGACUAUCCGUUCUCUGCACCUAGAGUCACAUUCAAGACUAGGAUUUACCACAUGAACAUUAACGAACGAGGCAACAUAUGUAUAGACAUGUUGAAGCACAACUGGUCACCUGCUCUCUCGCUAUUCAAGGUCAUCUUAUCGCUCUCUUCACUUUUAACAGAUCCGAACCCUAUUCCAUCAAUAGCGGUGCUAUAUCAGCGGGACCGGCAAGAACACGACCGCAACGCGCGAACAUGGACCGAGCUCUACGCCCGCCCGAAGCCAAAGGUGGCCUCGAUGUCCGACUCCAAGGGAAAGGCUAAAGCCACGGAUGCCGCUGGAUCCUCAUCGUCACCCACUGGGCAGCAGUCCGCCAAUUCGACUACAGCUGGCAAUUCGCAGACAGAAGCGAUCGAGAUCGAGGACUCUGAUGAGGAAGCCACCGCGAGUGCUCAGAGUAAAGUGCAGACGCGAUCGGGCACGAAGCGACAACGCGAACAGGCCGGUACAGAUGGUGCAUCGAAUGCGGAUGGAUCCGAGCGGCCUGCGAGGCGGAGAAAAGGUGGUAUGGGGGGAGGCAUAGGAGGUUCAGGGACAGGACCGACCGAAGCAGGAGACGUCAUUGUGAUUGAAGAUUAA